UCAGAAAACCAAAAUCCUUCCCAUUUCUCACCCUUUCCUCUCUUUUCCCUCCCACUGCCACGCCACCGGCCACCGCCCCGGCCGCCGCCCCGCCCACGCACACCGUCUGCACCAUUUUCCUUUUACUUUUCCCCUUUCCUUCUUCUCCAUUUCUCCCUCUCGGCCGCAGAUAUUGAAAAAGAUGUCGGGCCAAACCCAGCGUUUGAAUGUAGUUCCAACAGUUACAAUGCUUGGAGCGAUGAAAGCUCGUCUUAUUGGUGCAACCAGAGGUCAUGCUCUCCUCAAGAAGAAGAGUGAUGCUUUGACUGUUCAGUUCCGUCAGAUACUCAAGAAGAUUGUCUCAGCUAAGGAAUCAAUGGGAGAAGUCAUGAAGACAUCUUCAUUUUCUCUUACUGAAGCGAAAUAUGUUGCUGGUGACAACAUCAAGCACAUUGUCCUAGAGAAUGUCCAAAAUGCAGCUAUUAAGAUUCGAUCUCGGCAGGACAACAUUGCUGGUGUAAAACUCCCGAAAUUCGAACAUUAUUCGGAUGGGGAGACCAAAAAUGAUCUCACAGGGUUAGCCAGGGGUGGACAACAGAUCCAGCUAUGUCGUGGUGCGUAUGUAAAAGCAAUUGAGGUUCUUGUUGAGCUUGCUUCACUUCAGACGUCAUUUUUGACUCUUGACGAGGCAAUUAAAACCACAAACCGCAGGGUUAACGCUCUGGAGAAUGUGGUGAAGCCAAGGAUAGAGAAUACUAUAAGUUACAUCAAGGGAGAACUGGACGAGCUAGAAAGGGAAGAUUUCUUCAGACUGAAAAAGAUUCAGGGUUAUAAGAGAAGGGAAAUCGAGAGACAACGAGCCAACGCCAAGCUAUAUGCCGAGGAACAGCUUGCUGAGAAGGUGUCAUUGCAGAAGGGCGUCUCCAUAAGUUCAGCUUACAGUCUAUUGUCUGCAGCUGGUGAGAAGGAUGAGGAUAUUAUAUUUUGAGUUCAAGGUUAGUUCUUUCUUUGUUUUUUGGUUAUCUGUGGUGAAAAUUUGAUUUGGUGAUCUGAAUAAAACACCAUAAACUGUAGGCAUAAUGUAUUUAUAUUUGAUUGCUGUCAGUUUCAAGGCUUCCGGGUCUUGUAGUUACUUGAGUUAAGUAAGUGGCUAUGACUGAAUAAAACACCAUAUCAAUCUAUUUAUUUCAUAAAAAAUGGCCUUCCAUGU